AACAAUUACUCCAAAUAUUUCUAUUAAACUUGCUUAAAUUUAAUAGAAUUAUUGUCUCUAAUUAAUUUUAACAUGGAGAUUUCAAUGGCUUCAACUGACAGUGUUAAAGUGUUGAUUGUUGGAGAUUCUGGAGUUGGAAAAACAUGUUUAGUGAAUCUUAUUAGCAAUAAUAAAGCAGUGAAAAAUCCAAAAUGGACAGUUGGAGUAACAGUUGAAAUAAAACUGUAUAAAUAUAUGGAAGGAACACCAAGACAACGAAAUUGUUUUGUAGAAAUGUGGGAUAUUGGAGGAAGUUCAAAUCACAAAAAUACUAGGGAUAUGUUUUAUAAUACUAUACAUGGUAUAAUUCUUGUAUAUGAUUUAACUAAUCUUAAAUCUAGUGAAAAUUUACACAAGUGGUUGGCAGAAAUUUUGAAUAAAGAUAAUAAUUCAAAGUAUAAAUGUACAGAUGGAUUUGAUAUGGAACAGCUAGUUGGCUCAAAUAGAGUACCUAUUUUAGUCUGUGGUACUAAAUUGGAUAUGGCUCCUGAACGUGGUAAGAAAUCACCUUCUACUGUUGCUGCAGAAUGUGGCGCUGAUGAAAUAUUAAUUAAUUGUCAUGACUCAAAAUCAUUGGAACCAAAUACAGUUGCAACUUCAAAGUUAAAUAAUUUUUUAGACAGAGUGAUACAAACAAAAUAUCCGAUUAGUAACUCUAGUCCAUUCAGUCAAGGUAUUUAUUCAAGACAACAUCAAUAUCCAUCACCCAAAAUUCCACAGUAUCCAAUAACUAGACAGAUAAUAUAUGAUGAUUUGCCAACAAUUAGUAAAAAUACAUUUUUCCAUAAUAAAACAAUACAUAAAGACUAAAUCAUUUACUAUUUACAUUUAUUAU